UAUUUCCACAACAUGUUGGACAUGUUGAUAUUAGUACAUAUAUCACAUCAUUCCUGCAGAUUUGUCAGCUGCACUUUCAUGCUUCAACUUCCUAAAGGUUUUCUGCUGGAUUCAGACCUGGUAACUGCGGAGGCCACUGAAGUACAGGCCAGUUAGCAAGGUCAAAAAGAGCUGAGAGCAACACAUUAUGAGAAGCAAAACAAAUUAUGAACACCAGUAUUGAGAUUAAUAUAAAAACAGAAUUUAAAAGCUUGAAGCAAAAAACAUUUUGCUGAAAUUAGGCUGUUUGUUUGUUCUUGCUGAAGAGUUUCCACUGAACUUAAAGACCAAAAUGAUAAAAAAACUAAUCUGCUUUUGUGGAUAAAGACUUUUCUUAGAAGAACAUAUAGGUUUUUGUUAAGUUAAAUCAUUUUUUUUGUACUGCUGUAAAGACGUAGGUACAGAUAUCAAGCUGUUGUAGUCACCAGAAAAUUAGAGUCAAUAUAAAAUAAUAAAGAAAUUAAGGAAUCAAUUUUCCAGAAGGAAAUUUCUUUCCCUAAGACAACUUUCAGUCAAACACCCUGAUCCUGAACAUUUAAGCCUACAAGCUUUAUCUUCACAUAUUAUCAACAAACCAUUACUUUUUCAUAUAUGCAGCUAAAGUGCCACUUUUCCAUUAGUGUAAUGGUCCAUGAAUUUUUCCUGUGGGUUGUUAACUCAGCACCAACUCUUUAGGAAAGUAAAAUUAUGUCUCUCUCCACAUGUAUUACAGCGCUGCUUAUCAGUAGUCACCUGUGUAUGUGUGUUUCAUUAAUGCUUUAAUGUGGUGGAACUAAAAUGUUUUUCUUCCUCAGUUUCCUGCUACGACACAUAGAAUUACCUCAGAGAAAAUUGUAUAAAAGCCCAUUUUCUGUAACGCACCAGGGUGAGUAGCUUCAGAGUCUCUCAUUGCCCGUAUAAAGAUAUCUCAAUUUAAAGGUCAUCAUGAAAGUAGUGCUCUUUGAACUUCUGGUCGUCUGCCUGCUUGGAGCGCUGCAUGCAGGAGCAAAUGCUCAACCUGAAGAGACAGGUCUCAGUGAGUACGAACAGCAUGUGGGGAAAAGAUACGCUGAGUCAACCAUUGCCAGUGAAAUCAGCAAAAUCAUGGAUUCAAUGGUGCAGAGGAACUUUGUUGAAUUCUUGCUCAACCAAAGGGACAAAAGAAGCAAGCCUGCUGCUGUGGAAGAGGAUCCAGAGGAACGUCAAUACAACGACCUGCUGAACUCAGACUGCAUGAGAAGCAGAGGAGACAGAUCUAAGUGUGUUUGAAUGUUGUGUAAACUGAGUCCAUCAAUCAAUUAGAUGAUCAACAGAAACAUAAUCAGCAUCUAGUUUGAUAACUGAUCAAUCAUUUAAGUGAUUAACAUUACCUGUUUUCAGCUUCUCAGAUGUGAAGAUUUGAUGUAUUUUUGUCUUAUAUGAAAUUGUGAUUUUCACUGAUUUUUAACAUUUCAUAAACCAAACCAUUCAGUUCAUUCCUGAACUGAUCUGUCUUGUUUUACAGGGUCCAACAAGGUGCAAUGAUGCUGGUAAAAAUCAUCAAACAGCUCAUAAUAACACUUUCUCUGACUUCUACGUCUUGAUGUAAUGAAAGUUUGGACAAUGUGCAAUGUGUUUAGUGAAAUUAGGUCCUGUGCAAAGCCUCCACCUGUAGAACUGAAAUCUGCAAAAUAAAAAUAACUUGAGAGUGACUGAAAUAACUAUGUGGUGUUGUAUUUUGUUUUCUCACAAACAUGUGAUUAAAUUGUACUUUUAUUUCAGUCAUCCAAGUUAAUGCUGCUUCACUAGUUACAUUUAUUUACAUUAUUAAGUAAACAUUAUUUACAUUUAACAGCUAUAAUUAGUUGCUGCUUUUUGUAUUACACACAAAAGCUUAUAAAACAUGAUUUAUUGUUAGUUAAAGUACCUCAGCACAGCACAGUGGUUAAAAUCAGCUCCACUUUGACCACCUACAGUGUCAAAAUGUUGCUGCCAUGUUAGUAACAUAACAAAGCCAAAAUAUUAUUUAAAGGAGCUAUUCUUUAUAAUCAGUAUUUUCUCAGACAUUUUUCCUUUUUAUGUAUUUAAUUUAUUUAAGUUUAUUUGAAGUAUCUAAAUAAUAUCUCAAAUAAAUGCGCUGCUAUAUCCGCCAUGACACGAGGGGGCGAUAUAAUAUAAUCUGUUGACGUCACCGACCAGCCGGAAGUGUUUUAUUUCCUACUAAACAAAAUGGAAACACUUGUACUGGAUUAGCUUUGAAUGUUCCGAAAUAUUCCUGAAAUUUCUUAUUUUUCGGGCUUUUCGAGUCUAAAUACCAGUGGCCUGCUGCUGUGAUGUGGAACAUUGUUGAAGAAGUUCGCGUUGAAGUGAAAUCUGCGUAUUACAGUCGCUAAAAUAACAAAUAUACUCGCAGCUAGCUUGGCUUUAUCGCUCACUCUAACGUUAGAAAUUGACUUACCCUACAGCAUUCUGCGAUAAACACACCCGUAGUUUAGAUUUUACUUUUACAUUUUUAAAUCGGGCAGCAGACAAAAUGCAUCGGAGAGGUGUCGGAGCGGGAGCUAUUGCCAAAAAGAAACUGGCAGAGG